AUGCUGGCAGUAUUCUUGAAUCGAAGCACAAAACAAAAUCGGGCAGGAUUUUCUGACUCAGAUUUACGUAAAAUUGAAGUAGUGUAUGGACCCGAAUGCCAGAAGAGAGAUAGACAAGAAAAGAUAGAGCUAUGUCGUAAAUAUCCAAAUUUCAGAAGAAAACGCGAUGUAUCCGUUGAAAGUAUUCGCAGCUUGAGAGUGAACCCAGAAAUAACUGCACCACCGGAAUUACCUGCAAAUAUUUCCGAAACCAUUAAGAAUCUGGACCUCACUGACGAAGUGAAUGAAAUCGUACAAAAAGUACAUAUGCUUACUGCUACAGCUUUGAAGAACGCAAGAGUGAAAUACUGUAAUGGUACUAAAGACGAAUUGAGGUCUCCGAGUAAUGCAACAAAUGUUAAGCCAGAUGUUCUAGGUAUCGUUGAACUUGUAGCAGCAUACACAGAAAACGUGGUAGAAAAUGCCAUUGCAAAUAUGACAGAAUUCUGUCAGACUUCGGAAACAUUAGAGACAUAUUUACGAGCAAGUUGCAGCUUUUACGAUAGUAAUAAUGGAAGAUGCAGGCAGUACUUUAGGUCCACUAAGUCGGGUGCAGUCAAGCAUUCUACUCAGCACAGGCCAACUUAUUACUAUCACACAAGACAUGAGGGAAGGACGAAAAAUUCAAAUUUCCUUCCGAUUGGAUAUAGAGCUCGCGAGGAUAAUGAAACUCUUAAUGAGAGGAUUGUAAGUAACAUAACAGAUAUUGUAAAUGCCAAUGAAAGUGUUAAGCUUGGCCCACAAGCAUCUUUUCAGGAAGAAGUAGAUUCUAAAAUAUUAGUAAGAAAGAAAAGACCCUCUGAAAAUGUUACGAAUAAUACUAAUGGAGAUGAUAGAGUAUCAAGAAGGAAAAGGGAUACUGAUGAAGUUAAAGGGAAACCUACUGAGGAUAACGCACAUAAUGUUACUGUUAAGAAUAAUGAAAGUCAAGUUCCUGAUAAUGAUAAUGGAAUGAAAAUCCCUGUUAAUGAUAAUGUUCAAAAAGAUGCUAAUGAUGAUGAGCUUUUGGAAAAUGGGUCUAACGAUGGAGAUAAAGCAGUUUUGAGAAUGGUCACUCAGAUUAAUGCAGACAAAAAAAGGAGAUUUAUGAGAGAUAGGUAAGAUGUCAUUAAACAUUUUAUUGAAAAAGUAGUUUCUGUUUCAAU